GUUUACCUACCUCCAAUGUCAAGGUCACACUUGGAGAUCAAAGAUUAACAUAGCCUGUUAUAGGGUAUAUUUUGUGUCUGGUCAAUACCUUUUUCAUAGAUCAAAGGAUUUUGAAAAUACUGGGCACAAAUCGUCACUAUAAUAAGUCUAUGUGUCAUGUGCAACACAUGCAUCCCUGACUCCAAGGUCAAGGUCAAACUUAAAGGUAAAAAAUUAACAUUGUCUGUUAAAGGGUAUAUUUUGUGUCCGAUCUAUACCUUUUUAUAGAGCAAAGGAUUUUGAAAAUACCUGGCACAAAAAGUCACUAUUAUAAGUCGAUGUGUCAUACGCAACACCUCCCUACAAGGUCAAGGUUACACUUAGAAGUCUGUUAUAGGGUAGAUAGAUUUUCAUUUUAUUUCUUAAAUAUUUUUAUUGCUGCAUUUGCAGAUCUAGCAUUGAUCAUAAUUUUGGACGGAAAGUCCUGAGAUCCAUACCUCAAUCUUUUGAAAUAGCACAAUUUUAUGCUUCAUAUAAAAUUUACCUGAGGCGGGGGACGUUGGUAACUCUGCUACAAAUUCUUGUUAUAUUAAUCAUGAUGAUAUUAAUUUGAAAAAAUGUAUUUAAAGAUUGUGUUAAGUGAACUAAGAAAGUUAUUUUCACAUUGCAAUCGCCACUAGGAACCCACGACGUAAAUUACCAGAAGAGGUCAAAAUACGCAAAAACAGCCCUGACUGCGUUAGUCAUGCUAAAAAUAUUAUGAUAAAUACUGAAAAAUUAGUCACAUUUCUUUUUUCAGGUUUAAUUUUCUUUAAAUAUAUUGGCUCCACUUGAGCUUUAAAAUGUACUUAUUGUAUAGUUAUGUGUACGGCCCGUCCCAUCUUUGCCCUUAAGACUUCUCCCGUUUUGUAUUGUGCUGCCGUUGUUGUUGUUGGAUAUCCUUCUUGGCUUAUGUCCGGCCUGCACUAUUUGAACUUCUCUUUUCUUUCUUGAUCUCGUUUUGCCUAUCCGUUAUGUCUAGGACUCAUGUGUGUUUUCGAGAUUUACUGGUAAUGCUCAUGAAUAUGCGAAUAAUCUUUGAAAAUCCCUUUACAGAUAUAGUUCUAGAUAGCCCAAAUAUUUCACCAGAUAACAAUUACGUAUUGAUAGACAGCAGCUUGGAGCUGGAGUGUAAUACUCUCGGAAAUGCAACUGUGACGCAAUGGGGAACUUUAAAUCAUCUGGACACAUUCGCACACCUGUAUUUCUCACGAGAAGGAGAAUGUUCAACAGACGGAUUCCUUGCUGAUAAUCGUUAUUUUGAAACAAGUUGUUUUAGUAAUGGUACUUUCAAAGUUAAUAUAAAGCGUAUUAAUAUAAGUAACCAUGGUCAAGAAUGGUAUUGUUCUCAAGGGUAUGGGAAUAGCAAUAUUGCUUACAUUACUGUCCGAGCUCCAGCAAAGAGUGUUAACAUUGCAUUUCACUAUAAUAAAAAAAUGUAUAUAGAGGAAAAUGAAAUGCAAACUAUCAGUUGUAAUUCCUCGUCAUGCUUUCCAAAACCGAUAAUCAAAUGGUACCUUCGAAAAAUUCAACUGAUACAGAAGAGAUAAAAAACCUUUCGAGACAAUCCUAUAUUUCACAGAAAGACGGGUUGACAUCAGCUGAAAGUAUAAUUCAUCUUCUUCUAAAUAGGACACACGACAGUUGGUAUCUAUAUUGUGAAGUAUGGACAAGAUCGGCAUAUUUCGACAUUACAAGCAAAGAAAUUUUACUAAAUGUGACAUAUCCACCUGAUGGCCCUCCAGUUAUAGUUGGCUAUGAACAGGACAAGAUAUAUCAGAUUGUUGAGUCAGAAUUGGUAAAACUGAAUUGCACUGUUACUGGAGGUAAACCAUUGGCCACCUUAAAAAUGGUUUGUUUCAACACUAGUACAACACAAAACGCUAUCACAACAGAGGCAACGGUAACUAUACAAAUUGCAUGUAAGGCAAUACGCAAUCACAGUAACUGCACAUGUCAGUCUGAUCAUAUCGUUGGUGGUUCUCAGAAAACAUACAUCAGUUUUGAUGUCCUGUUUCCUCCAAGUAAUAUUAACUUCGCCAUACCAGGAAAGAAAUCAGAAACAGAACAGUUCGUUGUCAAGAAAAAUGAAGACGUGACCUUAGAGUGCAUUGCCGAGUCUAAUCCUUAUUCAGAAAUAGUAAUCAAAAAUGAAAUGAACGAAAAAAUUGCUUGGAAGAUAAACAAUAUUUCUGUUCAACAUACUAUUCAUAACUUAUCUUGCACUGAUGCGGGAGAGUAUUCGUGUUCUGCUAGAAACACAUUAAUAAUUGGACAAGGAGUUACAUCCAGACUGAUUCUCAUAGUCAAAUGUCCACCUAGGCCAUCAGCUGACAACAUAAAAGAAAAAAAAGUAACUGCUGUUCUUCAUUCUGAUGUCACGCUGCAAUUCUUAGCACAAAGAUAUUUUGACGAGGAAAAUAGCACUAUAUUCACAUGGUAUAACAAGAACUCGUCGUUACAGAAUGGCGCUGGUACAUUUGUUUCUACAGAUGUAUUGGCAUUGCCUCUUAUGUACUCUCUGUGCGCUAUAUUAUGA